AGUAGAGAACGCAGGAGAAGUGCUUCUCCUAGCUUGCGCAGGUGAGAGACCGCACGUAGUGCAUGCAAGUUGCAUGCUCAGGCAUAGAGUGAAGAAGUGCCCUGUGUGCAGGUGUGAAGGAUUUCCCUUUAUUUCUGGGUACCUAGAAGAGUGUAUGCCUGUAGUUACAACUAUUGAUGUGCCAGUAGUUCCAAGUACGGAUCAUGGAGGUGCUGAUGGUGCGUUUGAGGGGUUUAGUGGCAGUGUGGCUGCGUCGGAUUCGGCUUCCGAGGGAGUAUCAGAAGCGGAAGAUGUAGCUAUGAUCCGAGAACAAGAAGGUGCGCAGCAAAGGAGCAAGGACGAUGCUGAUCCACCACAAGAGGAGGCAUACCUUUCAACUACCUUUCAACUAGCGGCUAGACGCGAGCUAGGCAGAAAAGUGUUCCGACGCCUGGUCAACCGUGUCUGUAGUUUCUGGGCACUGAGUGAAAGCGCGGCGCUGUUUCGUGACGAGAUUAUUACUAGUGUGUCCUCGUCUGUUGCUGCCGCAUCCGCUGGAUCAUCGACGUCACCUAUCGAAAAGAGUGGUCGUUCUAAGCAGGAAAUGAAUGUCCCAGCACAACAACCACGAUUCGUCAUCCGUUAAGGGUAGGUUAAAGGCGCUUUUCUUACCGCUUUUUAUGCCUCUCCUAAGGGAGAAAGGCAUAACAAGCGGGGUAAGCGAGCACCAUCAAAAACCUACCUCUAAAUCCGGUCUACCGAACCACGAAUCCAACUCACACGCAAGCUCUUGUGGCAUUUGCUGCAAAUGUGUUUGUGCGGUUGCGGCCCCGUGAAGUACAGGCAAGGUAGACGCCGUGACGGUUUUAGCUUUUGGCAGUUUGUCAGUAAUUAUGCGUUGCGAGAACGUCGAGAUGAAGGCGAUGUUGAGGGAUCAGGUGAAGUUGUAGAUCCUUCAGACCCUGAAGAAGUAGACAUUCUACCUCUUGGGUACCAUGAGUUUGAGGGGGAAGACGACACAGAUAUCUUGGAGGCAGAUACUAUAGCACGGUUUAGAGAGUUCUUUUUCGGACCAGGACGAGGCCCUUUUGAUACACCUCCUCCCACAAGAGCAGGAAAUAGUAGAAGAACAACUGAAGAACAAAGUACCACAACCACCACUAGACGAGACACACGUACAGAUGCAGAUAAUGACGUGGUCCAGGUAAAUAUCCAUGGAGGAGAAGAUAGGGAUCGCAUUUUUUCUUACCGUUGGAGUGUAUUCGAUUCGCUGGCUCAGUCUUACUUAGUAGCGAUGUUUCUACUCGAAUUUGUGAGGGCAGACAAUCAAGAUCGUCUUCCUUUCCAGCAGUUUUUUAGGCCUCCAGGUCCACCAGAGGUGUCUGGAGUUCGAUCUGUGGUGUCAGGGAUUAGGAGUUUUGGGACUAGGAGAAGAGAGGCAGAUGAAAAUCAAGAUAGGCAUUCAGAAACUAGUAGAAGGAACCAGCAAGAACACGAUGGAACUGGCACUGCUGCCUCACGAGAGCCACAACAUGCAAGAACUUCGGAGCAGCCUACAACGAGUAUAACUAGAGAAGCUCCUCAUACCUCUAGCCAAGCUAGAACUAGUACUAGGCAACAUCGAUCUGACGUCCCAAUGACAACAGCGCAGGAUGUGAUUUUCCGGAGUCCUCGCUCGCGACGCGCUUGUCGAGGUAUAGGCAAGGAGAUGGCGAGACUUCUUACAGCUUUCGUCGCCUUUCGUGGUUUGCACCACGCAGUGGAAAUUGCCUCAAGGUCCACAUUGAGAUCUCUUAUGGGCAGUCUUGCAAGCGAUCAUGCCUAUUUUGGAGAGGAUCAGGCGGAUGGGGGGAUGACUACGACAAUUCUCGGGGAAGUCUUAGGGGAAAAAGACUUUUUAGUGGACGAUGGCUACGACAAGGAUCAUGUUCAUCGUGUUGGUGAUGGGGAUCUUCAACAUCUUGUCGAUGUACACCAACAUGUAGCAGCAAACGGACAUCAUGAAGAUCAUUGCAAGAAGAUGAGUUUCCAUUUGAAAAGCAGUGGUGGAAAACAAGGAGAACAAGGAGAUGACAGCAUAAUUAGUUGCGGACAUAAGCUAACCUCCGUUACAGGGGUCGUAGAGGGAGCUAUGAAGAAUGCGGAUUCUAUGAAGAAGGCGGAUUGGGACCCUCUCGAUUUUUUCCGCACAAUGCAUCAACUAGAUCAGCAGCAGUUUUUUUGAGCACAUAAGUGCGUCAAGCUCAAUAGACUGGAUGUAAAUGUACUUCGACUUUUGUUUACUUACCCGAUUACGUUCUCGAUUCACUUUUUUUUUCAACUUCAACUUACGACUGUUUGCAUAAAAAACGAUGAAUAUGAAGGUAAUGAUUUUCGCAUGACUAGAGAUCGCCGCGGGAACACUACCGACUGGGAGAUAGGACUACCUCUAAAUUUUUCAGAAUGAUUAUGAUAGGCGAAUGAGAACUACCAGUCCAUACAUUUGUCUGACUUCUUAUUGAUUAGGAUUACACACUUCACUUUCAGUUUCACGUCGUGCGUUCAACAGAAGUAAUACAAAAAAUAUCUACAACUUGGGAAUAUACUAGAUAGGCUGCAUUAUAUUUCAUUUUAGACCGAUCUGCUGCUAAAAAGUAGUAGCUAACUCACUAGUGUAAGUAAUAAGCGACUGCCAACAUUAUAUCCGAUUCGAAACGGGGGACGCACGCACCGAUGUCGCCAAAAUAUAGGUAUGAGUGAUGGUGUCCUCAUUGUUAAAGCAAUUUUUACAUCUUCAUACAACGAAGCGUGCUUCAAAGCAACUCCAUUUUUUAGCACAUCAACACACAUAACCUGCCAUGUUGUCGUGAACAACAUGCAGGUACGUUGCGUGUCCGUCGAUACCAAAUCUAAUCCGACUGUCACUCAUAUGAUGUUGCAACCUCCAGGUGUCU